AACUCUUUUGGAUGCUUCCAUGGGAUUGACGACUUUAAAGUUUCAAUCCUACAAUGAGUUCUGAUCCUACCCAAUCAGAUCACAACAUCUGCAGUCGCAGCGAAGCUCUCUACCCAUUGGAGCCCCGUGAAGCAAUAAUAUAGCUGCGUUUCCGAGGACCCUUCUGGUGUUUUGUUGUUUCAUAUGGGCAAGUUUGUCUUUCUAAAACUAAAAUGCUCUUCAACCCAUGAAAACGGCAAAAGAAGCAAACUUGUCGGGUUGCAGACACGGCAGGGCAAUCCAAUGAGGGCGAGUGACCUGUCUGUGAUCGUCCGGCCGUUAAAGAGGGAAGACCACCUCCGAACCAAGCAUGACUCUGUAUUCUCCGAAUGGAAGAUUCUCGUUGGGCCUUAUGAUUGGCAAGAUCAUUCACUGGGGAAGGAAGGUACAGAGAGAUACAGGGUACACAACCUUCCAAAAGGUUGUUCUUUUCCUGGACUUUAUGAGUUUGGAAUAGCAGCAAUGCCCAGAGGAGUGGGGCAUAAGGCACGCAAACUUGAUCCAGGCAACAUAGUUGUUGUUUAUGUUGGACAAGCUGACAAUGUUAGGACAAGACUCCAGCAAUAUGGUCGUUCUGGUGCACAUUUAGAGAAUGGAUCUGGAUUGUUCAAGGAAAUAUUUUCAAAGGGAUAUACAAUUUUGUUUCGAUGGGCUCCUAUGAGAAACAAACUGGAUGCAGAGAAAACAGAAGCUCAGCUGCUUAGGGAAUUUGAUUAUGCAUGGAACAAAGGUUGUAAUGGUGUACGGCGCCCUGAUGAUGUCCUCCAAAAAGUUGAGAGAGUAUCUGUAAGUGCUACUCCAUUUCGCAAUAUUGUCAGGAAGCUGCAAACUCUCAAUCAAAAAAAAGUUGGUAUCAGAAUUGAAGCAAUUGGGCCAUUUUUGCCCGAGUAUGAAUCUGGUAUUUAUACUGAUAAGAAUGGCUAUGAUUUCCUUGCUCGAGUUUUCAAAUUUGGCAGAUCAUGGCCUAGGCCAGUUUUAGAUAGAAAUGGCAUUAAUGCAGAGAAUACUAGUAUUUGUGGAGUGGCAUUGGGAGGUGGAUCUAUUUGUCAAAGGCCAGCAAUUGAAGGUAGAAAGAGAUGUGCUGAGCACAAAGGGAUGAAAAUUAAGGGGUCUAUCUCAAAGUUGAUUACUGAAGGGAAAUCACACACUGGAAAUGUGGGCUUAAAAUCUGGCGUCAUUAGUGAGCAAGAGUUUUGCAGCCAUCAUGGCAAUAAUUUCAACCACAACACAUCUCAACAAGUAGCGGGUAAGUGUACUGAUAGCAAGGACUUAGCUUCUAUUUGUGGAGGUGUGUUGGGUAAUGGCUCUCCUUGUAAAAGGCAACCAGCUGACAGGAGAGAAAGGUUUGAAGAUGACAAAGAAAUGGGCAUCAAUGGAUCCUCAUCUAAUUCAAUGACUGAAGGAAAUUCUCACCAUCUGAAUGAUGUGAUUUCUGAAUCCAGAUGUAACAACUGGGAUCGUGACCAUGUUUCCUUUGGAUCUAUUAAACUUAUCAAACAGGAGUUGGGUGUUAUUUGUGGGGUGAAUUUAGGUGAGGGCUUUGUCUGUGAAAGACAACCUGUUACAGGAAGACAAAGGUGUGAGGAGCAUAAAGGGAUGAGGGUUAAGGCCUUCCCCGUUGAUAGGGACCCAGUAUCCAUUGCUUCAAAUGGUUUGAACAAUAAUAAUUCCACUUUACAUGGGACUGCUGUUGGUGAUUAUUCUCCUUCUAUGUGUGGUGCUACCACAAGCAGUGGUUCCUUUUGCAGAAAUACCCCAAUUGAAGGUAAUAAAAGGUGUUGGCUGCACAGAGGCAAGAGGGCGGCCAGUUCCUUCACAACGUUUCAUGCAGACAACCCGUUACGGGAAGAAACUUAUGAACAUGUCAGAAAGGAGCUCAAUGUUGUUUGUGGGGUGAAUUUGGGCGAGGGCUUUGUUUGUGAAAGACAACCUGAUAUAGGUAGAAAAAGGUGUGAGGAGCAUAAAGGGAUGAGGGUUAAGGCCCAUGCAAUCGAUACGAGUUCAAUAUUCCGUACUUACUUUGAGCCGAAGAAUAAUAAUAGAGCCUUGUAUGGAGCUCCUGUGCCCACACAGUUAUGUGGGGCAAUGACAGUUGAUGGUUCCUUUUGCAGAAAUAGGCCAGUUGAAGGAAAUAAAAGGUGUUGGCAGCACAAAGGCAGGAGGGCGGACAGUUCCUUCCCUGGAUUUAAUACACGAGGUGACUCGCUUGUUUGUGGUGUUCCCUUGUGGAAUGGAUCCAUCUGUAGUAGAAUUCCUGCCCAUGGAAGGAAGAGGUGUGAGCAGCACAAGGGGAUGAGAGUCACCUAGCAAGUACUAUUUAGAUAUUUGGGAGUAGAACAUGGCAAGACCAGAGGCUGUUGUUGCGUUGUGCUACAGUUUCUUCACAUGCUCAUUGAACAAUAUCGUGGCUUGUUCUGUAUUAGAAUUCUGUUGUAGGUUGUCAUGCAUUAAGGGAAUUGAUACAUAUAUUUUUAGUUUUCCAUGUAUGUAUAUUUUUGUAUUUAUUCUGUACUGUAAGAACCUAAGAGCAAUCUUAAGAUACCAAGCAAGAGCAGCAAUUUAUGCA